AGGUGUGACUCUUCCCCGAAGCCGCUACCAAACCCCGCGACAUGCUACAAAAAGUUGCCCCGCGCCUUCUAACGCAACACCACAUCCUCUGCAACCACACACGCAGCCAACAUGUCUUCAAGAACUUCCGCAUUCGAUCUGUCGAAAUGCGCCCGACCAAACAUUCUCGCAUUGGAGCCAUACCGCUGCGCGCGCGAUGACUACAAAGACGACGGCACAAACAUUCUCCUCGACGCGAAUGAGAACGCGAUGGGCCCAGGGCUCGCGCUCAAUAAGGAUGGAAAGCUCACAAAUGGCACGUCAAAUGGCUCUGGGCCCGCCGUUGACAUCGACUUGCUCGGUCUCAACCGUUAUCCCGAUCCACACCAACUAGAACUCAAGCAAGACCUCUGCAACCUCCGCAAUUUUAAAGUCCACACCUCGAAAACUCUCACUCCCGCCUCUCUCUUUGUCGGCGUAGGCUCGGACGAAGCGAUCGAUGCACUCCUCCGCGCCUUCUGCGUUCCUGGCAAGGACAAGAUCCUCGUAUGCCCACCCACAUACGGCAUGUACAGCGUUUCCGCACAAGUGAACGAUGUCGCGCUCGUAAAAGUACCCCUGCAGAUACCAGGCUUCCAGCUUGACGUGCCUGCGGUAAAGGACGCAUUAGCGAAGGAUCAGAGCAUCAAGCUGGCCUACCUCUGCUCUCCGGGCAACCCCACCGGUGCGAUGUUGAAGAAGGAGGAUAUCAAGCAGAUACUGGAGCAUGAGAGCUGGAAUGGCGUCGUGGUGGUGGACGAGGCGUACGUUGACUUCGCGCCCGACAACGCGAGUCUGGCAGAAUGGGUGACGGAGUGGCCGAACUUGGUGGUUAUGCAGACACUCUCGAAGGGGUUCGGACUUGCGGGUAUACGGUUGGGCGCGGUUUUCACAGAUCCCGCGAUUGCGCGCAUACUCAACUCGUUGAAGGCACCGUACAAUAUUUCCAAUCCGACCAGUCAGCUUGCGCGCGCGGCAUUGGACCCGAAACACUUGGAGGUCAUGUACAAGAACAAGGAUCUGAUUGUGAAGCAGAGAGAAAGAAUGCUGGCGGAGCUUCCCAAGAUACCCGGUGUCGGUAAGUUCCUUGGAGGCGAAGAGUCAAAUUUCCUGCUCUACGAGAUGCUGGAUGCGCCCGCGGAUCAGGGUGGCAAACCCUCCAACGAGACGGCGUUGGCUGUUUACGAGGGUUUAGCUGAAGAGAAGGGGGUCGUGGUGCGAUUCAGAGGAAAAGAACAUGGGUGCUUGGGCUGCUUGAGGAUCACGGUUGGCUCGGAGCAAGAGGUAGACCGUUUCUUGGAGGAGAUUAAGAUCGUUUUACAGAACAUCUUCAAAAAGUCUGGGAAGCCAGGGGCAAAGGAUGAAGAAAAGAAGGAGGAGGAAGCUAGCGCCAUUGUGGCAUAGAUCCUUUGGAUACCAUUGACUUCCAUCCUGGCUUCUUAAACGACUCAUUCAGCAUUAGACAUCUAGACCAAGCGAUAAUUACCUUGAACAUAACAAGACCACCAACCGCCCCUUUCCUUCCAUCGUAUCCGUUCAUUUUCCAAGACAAAUAGAAACAGACCCCAGUAUCCGUGCAACAACCUUCUGCUCCUCCUUGCCCGCAUUAACACCCGUCCCAUCCAUCUUCCCCACACUGACACUAACCACACACACCCUCAGAUGCAAUUUUAUUACCUAACUCUC